CAAACAAUAACAGAGACAAUACAUAACAAACGAAUCACAGGAAGACAACAAGGACACAAACACUUCGACACAAUGUCUACCCUGGUGCACGCAGAGCUGGAGGAGAACUUCUUGAGUAGGGGUUCCUUGGUGGACGAUCUGCUCAAGUUCCUCACAGAGGUGGCAAAGUCCAAUCAAAUGGACGCCGGCAAGAAGGAGAAGGAGGCCAAGGUGGACAUUGACUAUAGUGCGGGUGUCACGGAGGACAACUUUUCGGUCAUGACGCGCAUUUCAACCGGGAAAAGAGAGUAUACCAAGAAGGAGUCCAUCAAUAAGAAAAUGAUCAGAAGGUCGGUAAUACCUGGGAAUUUGGACCAAAUGACGUUCAUGCGCCAGAUCGGCCUUAGCUACGAAGCACGUGCGAAGGCGCGCGAUGAACGCAUUCGCGUUGCCAACAAUUUUCGCAGACUGGGCAACGCGGAGUAUCGCAAGAUGAACUUUGACAAGGCAAUAGAGUAUUAUACGAAGGCCAUUGAGUACAUCAGCGAUUCGAUAGUUCUCUAUGUGAAUCGCAGUCUCUGCUUCGCCAAGAAGCGCGCCUUCAAGCGCGCUCUGAUGGAUCUGGACUAUGUCAUACUGAACUUGGACGAGCGCUGCCUGCGCGCCUGGCUGAUCAGGGCCGGCACCUGCAAGCGGAUGAACGAUGAACGUGGCUAUGAGACCGCAGUGGAUAAUGCGCGCAGACUGAACCAAUCGCAGGGGAAGUAUAUCGAUUAUUUCCUGGAAAAGGUUCGCUCCGAUUUCUAAGCUGCACUUGCAUUAUAAACAUAUGUACAUAUUAAUACAUUGAUACAUUGAUA